AUGGCAGACAAUGCUACACAUCGCUACAUCUCAUCUUUUUUCCUGGUUGGUAUUCCUGGUUUGCAAGAUUUUCACUGCUGGAUUGGCAUCCCGGUCUGCCUCCUGUUUGCCCUGGCCCUGCUGGGGAACAGUGUAAUCAUCAUCACCAUCAAACUAGAACCAAGCCUCCACCAGCCUAUGUAUUUCUUCCUUUGUAUGCUGGCAGUGAAUGACAUGGCUCUUGCCUCUUCCACGGCCCCCAAGAUGCUUGGUAUCUUCUGGAUGGAUGCACAUUGGAUUGACUUUGACACCUGCCUGACACAGUUGUAUUUCAUUCACACAUUCUGCAUAAUUGAAUCAUCCUUCUUGGUUGCCAUGGCCUUUGACCGCUAUGUAGCUAUUUGUAUCCCAUUGCGUUAUACAACCAUCCUGACAACACCAAUGGUCAUUAAAAUGGGUCUAGCUGGUAUGACCCGUGCUAUCCUUAUGGUUUUGCCCUGUCCUCUUCUUAUUAAAAGGCUACCAUGUUAUACUAAAUAUAUUAUCAAUCAUGCCUACUGUGAGCACAUGGCUGUGGUGAAGUUGGCCAGUGCCAACACCCUCAUUAACAGAGUGUACGGAAUCUCUGUGGCCCUCUCAGUGAUGGUGUGGGACCUAGGGCUCAUAGCCGCAUCCUAUACCAAAAUCCUCCAGGCAGUCUUCCGGCUGUCUUCCCAGAAUGCCCGCUCGAAAGCGCUGGGCACCUGUGCUGCCCAUGUGUGCACUAUACUUGUCUCCUACAUCCCUGCACUGUUUAGUUUCCUAACUCACCGCAUUGGCAAGAAGGUACCUCCAAGCAUUCAUAUAAUUUUUGCGAGUUUGUAUCUUUUGGUGCCUCCCGCAGUCAAUCCCCUGGUGUAUGGCGUCAAGACCAAGCAGAUUCGUGACCGAGUGGUUGGUCUCUUCUUCCCAAGCAAGAAGAUUUCUGGAAACUAA